GGCCUGUUGAGGUCAGAGGAGGCGGGCAGCGCGUCCAAGCCUAGCGCCUGCGCGUGCUGGAGGCACCCGGGAGCGGAGACCGAGCGAGCGGCCUGAGCAGCUCCAGCCCGUGACACCUCCUGGGCCACGCGCCACCACGGCCUGCCCGGCAUGGAGGGCGAAUGCCGGGUGCUCUCCAUCCAGAGCCAUGUCGUCCGCGGCUACGUGGGCAACAGGGCGGCCAUGUUCCCGCUGCAGGUUUUGGGAUUUGAGAUUGAUGCCGUGAACUCUGUGCAGUUUUCCAACCACACAGGCUAUGCCCACUGGAAGGGCCAAGUGCUGAAUUCCCAGGAGCUCCAUGAACUGUAUGAAGGUCUCAAGGCCAACAACGUGAAUAAGUAUGACUACGUGCUCACGGGUUACACGAGAGACAAGUCCUUCCUGGCCAUGGUGGUGGACAUCGUCCGGGAGCUGAAGCAGCAGAACUCUGAGCUCGUGUAUGUGUGUGAUCCUGUGAUGGGCGACAAAUGGAACGGCGAGGGCUCCAUGUACGUUCCCCAGGACCUCCUUCCGGUGUACAGGGAGAAAGUGGUGCCCGUGGCAGACAUCAUCACUCCCAACCAGUUUGAGGCUGAGUUGCUGAGUGGCAGAAAAAUCCACAGCCAGGAAGAAGCACUCGAGGUGAUGGACGUGCUGCACUGCAUGGGUCCUGACACGGUGGUCAUCACCAGCUCUGACCUGCCCUCCACACAGGGCAGUGACUACCUGAUCGCUCUGGGCAGCCAGAGGAUACGGAAGCCCGAUGGCUCCACGGUGACCCAGCGCAUCCGGAUGGAGAUGCGCAAGGUGGACGCUGUCUUCGUGGGCACCGGGGACCUCUUCGCUGCCAUGCUUCUGGCGUGGACACACAAGCACCCAGACAAUCUCAAGGUGGCCUGUGAGAAAACCGUGUCUGCCAUGCAGCACGUGCUGCAGAGGACCAUCCAGUGUGCAAAAGCUGAAGCAGGAGAGGGACAGAAGCCCAGCCCUACUCAGCUGGAGCUGAGGAUGGUCCAGAGCAAAAAGGACAUCGAGGACCCCGAGAUUGUCGUGCAGGCCACAGUGCUGUGAGGACCACGCACACUCGCCCUGACACACAGUGUGCUGGGGUCUCCGUUUCCGUCCCUGUGAAGAGCUGUAACGUCUGCCUUAGAGCCAUGACUGAAACUUGACAUUUUGUUUCUUCCUGUGAGCCGGGUCUCAGCCAGUCUCAAUCGUGAAAAUGUGCCAUCGUGGUUGUUUUUUUGUUUUUUUGUUUUUUUGUUUUUUUUUAAGACAAACCUGUCGCAAAAAUAUGUGAUUUGGAAACAUGGUCCCUUCCCCAAAGGCUCUUGGCCUCUGACUGCCUCACAGUGACUCAUGGGUGUGUGUAAGGUAGGUGGAGGAGGCAAGCCUGCUGCCUGUGGACCCCUCUGUUGGCCAUGACUGCCAUUGCCCCCAGAUCCCUGAUUGUGCAUAGACUCUGCUUGUGCGGCACUGUCUUUUAAUUGUCUUAGGUCUUAACCGUUGGCAUCUGGGAGAAUUACGCCAAAUACCUUCAUUGCCAUUCCGGUCUUUUCCUUGUUCCUGCACUAGAGUCUCUGUGUCUGGCACUGCUGCUCUUUGGGUGUCCAGGAUGUCAGAUUUCUGCAGCUGUUGGACUGUGUGGGAAGGUUGCAUAGCCUCAUGCUUCGGGAAGCAUGCCAGCAUGUGGUCACUGUGGCAGGGACCUUUUAUGGGACUAGAACAUUCCAGGGAUCUGCAAGCCUCCUGGGUGUCAGCAGGAUCUCUUGUGAGUUGGGAGAGAAUUCUGGGAAAUUGACCAGCAGAGGGACCAGCUGCUGAGCCCAGAGUCUCUGGGAAGUUCAGGGAAGGCUGUCACACUGGUCUCUCGUGGGAACUCUCCCAGCCCUGAAGGACGGUCACUCAGCAGUGCACCUGUCACAUGCUGCUGGGCACAGUGUAUUGCUGCACAGGUGUUUGGAGAGACAGGGAAGGAGAGGCAGAGAUGGCACCUGCCCCUGGGGGCAUUCUUAGCCUCUGGUUCCCACUGUCAUUAGAGGAUGUGUGCCCGCCACAGGCGGAGGGGCAAGAGGCCUGCCCUUAUGUGAAACCAGCUAGUUCUCUGCCUCCUUGGGGGAUCUGUUCUUCUGCAGAGUACUUUGCACUGUGGGUUUGGGGGCAGCUCUUAGACCUUCUUAGGAGACUGUCACAUUUCGCAUCGCCUACUGCUCAAGGGUGACUUUCCUGCCUCAUCACAGGUUGGGGUCCCUAAUCAUCACUGUGAGUGGGGCUGGUCAUUCCUGACUAACCUUGAUCUCGGCACCCACACCUAGUUCCCUGUACCUCAGUUCUUGAAACUUGUCUCUUCUGAGAAGCCACAGCCUGAGGAGAAAUGGGAGGCUGGAGGAAGUGGAAAGUACAUUAUGCCUGCCCAGGCUCUCCAUGGGUACCUGGCAGCAGGCCCCACGGGUGGCCUCUGAGAGCCACAGCCUACCUUCACAUAGUUCCAGUGUGCCCUUCCCCAUUCAAAAGCAUCCCAGAUAGAGGAGGUGCUGGUCCACAUGGCCCCACACCGUCAACAUUCUGAACUUCCUGCCUUUCUGGUCACAGGCUGCAAGAUGGCUCCUUAGGUACAGGUGCCUGUUGCCCAGCCUGACAAGCUGGAGGACCCACAUGGGGAAAGCAGAGAACUAAUUCCUGCAAAUUUCUCUCUCUGUAUAUCUCUGUGUCUCUGCCUCUGUCUCUCUCUCACAUACAGAAAUACAUUAAAUAAGUGUAAUUUUAAAAAUUACCUUGUCCAUCAGUACCCCAGGACAAGAUUAGCUAGCUGUCUGGUAUGGCCAUUAAGUCUGACAUAUGUCUCCCGGCCCCAGUGGCAGGCCUCUGAAUCCCAAGACUUGACCCGAAAAAGGAAAGUCAUGGCCAACAGCUUGGAAGGAAGGAGCCACCUUGUCCUACGGCUUGACACAGGAAGAGCCCAUCCUGCCUCCCAGAGAGCAGGGAACAGCACUUUGCCAGCAAUGAGAGAAACUUCUUUUUCCUCUUUUAAAGUGUUGAAACUGGACUAGGGAAAUGGCCUAGCUGGCAAAGUACUUGCUACGAAAACAGGAAGACCCAGUUUCAGUCCCCAGCACCUAAGUGUGGUCGUGCAGUCUGCAUGUGUGACCUCAAAACUAGGGAAGUGGAAACAGGAGGGUCCUGGAGCUCACUUGCCAGCCAGUAUAUCCAAAUUGGUGAGCGAGCUCCAGGUUCAGUGAGGAGAGACCCUGUCUCAAAAUAAAGUGGGGAGUGAUAAAGGAAGACCCCAAAGGUUGACUGCUGGCUUCACACACAGUGAAAGAGCAGGCAUCGGGUAGAGGACAGCCUGUCUGUGUGUGAUGAGGUGAUGAAGUACCCCCUGGCACUGGGUGGGGCAGUUUUAUAUGUACUGGGGGUCUUCAGGACCACAGUCUGCAGCCACACCAGGGAAGGUUUAGGUCUUUUGCUGUAGCCUGGAGCUGAUGGGGGUAUGGAGGACCCUUUCUUGCUUACACAGCAGGGUGAGUGCCCCCACAACCCACUGAGGACUUCCUCUAAAAGCCUGAACUUGGGUGUAGUCUGAAUUGUCCUCCUAUGUUCUUUGGAGCCAACAGGACAAAGGCAGAGGUGGUGACUCAGGCAUGUGACUAAGAAGAAACAAUCAGAGCUUUGAGCACAGGCCCUGGGCAGAACAAGGCUUUCCAAAGCAAUGUCUGCUGCCCUGCCUGGCAGCAAGCUCAGGGUCUGAUCCCCUCACAUCCAAAUCAGUGGCUUCUACUCCACUGUCCAGGGUUUAGUAGGGAAACAAUGUAUUUGCAAAUGAAGCUGCAUUAGCCCAGUGUUGCCUGCUUCCUACUAGGGAUGUCCUUUGCUGCUGUCUGGGUGCCUCUCCCUCAACCUCCUGGAAGACUAAGAAGGAAUCCUGACAGGAGUCUUCUUAAACCGUUGCCUGGUUCUGUGAGAUAAUCCUGUGCCUCUAUCUUAGGUUUGCAGUGUGUUAAUGAUUGUAAAAAUGACACCGUCCUGUUCUUCAAUGUUGAGAGCCCAUUUUUUAAAAAGCUGCUUGAUUUGGAAGUGGCCAGGCCUGGCUUCACUGUGCUGAAGUGGGGGAUUUGAAAAGAGGGGACUGUGUGCCCCAUAGGCUACCUGAGUUUUCAGUGUGAUGUCACCACAAACAUCUGGGAUCAGAGAACAAACAGGCCAGGGAGUUAGAGGUUAGACCUCUGUUGUCUUUGUUGAGGAAGGCAGGGCCUCUGGAAUGGGGCAGGCUGGCCAGAGCAGCACCUGGUCCUUUGCUGUGCUCCUGGGCGGCUCCUGACCACGGUGCCCAGCUCCCAUUACUUCAAACCUCACCUUGUAAGUAUAGAACGAAGUGAAUGUAUUCUGUUUCUGAGCUCCUCACUUCCUUGCUGCCCUUUGAGGGGUCACUCACUUGGGGGCAGAUGGUCCAAACUGCUGCAGUUUUCAGGUGCCCAGUGACCACAGGCUGGGCUGACCAUGGCUUGCCUUGGCCCCCUCCAUGCACCUUCCUUUUAGGAUAGGUUAUUUACCUGGACCAGAGCAGGGGACUGAAGUUUGCGUGGACAGUCAGGGACCGAGGCCUUGGAUUGGCGCCCAGAUUCCUUGUGCCCUCCAGAGGGUGCCGCAGCCCAGACCCCCAUUUUUUUGCUGCCCUGCUGCCAGCCAGCAGGCUUCUCUUCUGGUUAUCCAGGAAGCUACCUGCACUGAGAGGCCCUGGAAAGCCAGGUCUGUCCCAGUGACAAAUGGAUACUGAGCACAGCAUCCACCACACUGUGGUUGAUUGACUCCCAAGUGGCAGUUCUGCGAGUUCCAGUUCACUGUGAGUUUCUUCGUAGAACUGCAGAUUCUGUAAGGAAAGCUGUGUGCUACGGAGGGCUUGAACAGGAGCUCAGCAGAUGAAUGAAUGUCCCUCCUCUGAGGAUCCUGAAUUAUUGAGGAGGGCCCUGGGGUGAAGGUGCAACUGAACAUCCGUGUGCCAAUCCCUGUUGCUGUUCCACACUUACUGUGGUAGCUGCAGAUGGUGGCUGCAGGAUUUACAGGUUCCAGUCUUGUGGAACCAGAGUUGUGAGAUUUCUGGUUCCAGUUGCACACUUUCAGCCUCUACCAGCAGGGGGCGCAGUGGGGCCAGGGUUGUGUCAACUGCCCAGGCAGAUGCUGGUGCCAGCAGGUUAAUCAACAGUCGCCAAGCUGGGAGAUUUGGUUGGUUGGUUUUUCAGUGUGUAAAUCUUUCUCUUAGGAUCCAAACUUUGGCGCCUCACAGAAAGUAGCUCCAUGUGCCCCCAGUCCUGCAUGACAUUCCAGGAAGCCAUUGCUUGGUCAGCCUGGCCAGAGUUCCUAAAUAUGGGUACAUUUUGCAAUAUGUGUGUCUUCCUUUUGAUUCUGGUUUAUUCUUGUUGCAGACAUUUUUCCAUGCAGUGAUUAAGAUAACAUUUUAUAUGCCAAAUUUCCUUUUCACCGCUCCCCGGUGUGUGUAUUUGCCUAAAACCACAAUUUACUGAUGAUUUUAAAGUUAACAAUACAUAAAAUUUUUACAUUAAUGGAAUUUUUUUUUUGCCUGGCAUGGUGGUAUACACCUGCAAUCUGGUACCCUGGAGGCUGAGGCAGGAGGAGAGUUAUGUAGUAAGACUGUGUCUUUAAACACAUACACAAGGCUAUACCUAAAAGUUCUCGUUUUAAAAAUUUUCUGGUAACAUAAACACAAUUUUAAAGACUCCCUCACUAGCUGCGCCAGGCAAGAGUGUCAUCAGAGCAAGUGUCUCGGUCUCCAUCUCAUUUCAGGGGGAUGAUGGCAAGCUGAACUUCCCCAUGCCCACAUCUCCUCUUUCCCUCCCCUAGCUCACUGUCCAGCCAUUUUCAGUCGUUCUGCAAUGGGAUACACAUUUCAAGUGGGAGAUACGAGCCUCCCUGAAGCCCAGGGGCCCCCUACCCUGCCCUGGUCAGCUCUUAGAUAGCCAGUUAGGGCUGCCUCUGCCCUGCAGCUCCAAAUGGGUGAAAACAGAGGGAGAGCCUGCCACUCAGACCUCCAUGCUUGGAAGCUCCCAGAAGGCCUUGAGGUGUAACCAUGACCAUGCCUCAUUCCCCAUCCUGGACCCAGCAGACCCAUGAAGGCAGGCUAUGAUGUUGGGUAAAACCAUGUCCGCAUCUCGCUGUCCAUAAAGGCAGGCGGAGGUGCCGCCAUCCAGUUGUGACCUGGGCUGGUGCUCGAAGCCUCUGAGCUAUACUCUCUCAGAGGACCUGGUUCCUGCCUGACAUGAGGGUGUGUCCUGAAGAUGACAGGACCAAGAGGGCUAGGACAUCCUUCUAGUGCCCCACAGAGCAGGAAGAUGGAAGCAAAAUUCCUUAAAAGCUCAGGCCUGAGUGAUUCACACCGGGGCCAUUUUCUGGAUGGUGUUAGGUAUGAUGUCAAUGUUUUUGUAAAUGGAGGUGAAUUCUUCAAGAACAUAGCUCUUGAGAGAUGAGAUGAGCAUGGGUGACAUCGUGAGUGCUCUUAGCUUCAUAGCUGCCUAAUUCCUGACGUGGAGCAGGUCAGAAUUUCACCCAUGUGUUACACACCUGGACCAAUUGGAAGAUGGGCUGCACCUGUGGGGCUGGCCCAACCCUACCAGUUCUCAGAGACCACAACUCUUUGGAGGCUCCCAGCCUUUCGAGCAAAGCACAGUUGGCCCCACAGUCUCUGCUGUGCAGGAGGGGCAUGCUCUGGGCUCAGGUGGUCUCUAGCCCAAGUCCCCCAGCCCUGCGUACUGUCCUCUGUCAGUGUGUUUGUACAACUUGCGCACCUGUCAGCACUGUGUCGCUGUGUCCACUUUGUGCUGGUCUGUUGACUCCUAUGACUGUGCACAAAUAAAUAUUUUCAUUGCA